AUGAAUGCUGAUACCCGAAGGUUCAGCUCGGAGCAAAUCCACUGCAGUGAUGAAGACACACCACUGCUGGCAGGUCCACGAGAUUCUCCUAUGGCGGCGACAACAUCAGUAUCACCAGGAACGCGCGUACCCGGUACCUCGUCCGAUCAAUAUUGCACAUUCGAGCCAAUUCUUGUCUUGCUCUGCUUUGGCCUAAGCGUAUCAGGCGUUGUUCUGGCAGACCAAAUCAUCUAUCAGUCAUGCGUCGUUACGCUCGGGUACGAUCGGACACUUUGUGCACAGCUCGGCACCAAGAGCAACUCCACCGAGGUCGCCAAUCUGGAAACGAUCGUGCAACCGUACGCAGCGAAGAUCGGUAUGGUAAACACUAUCCUAACUUCCGUUCUACCCGCCAUAUGUGCACUCUUCAUGGGCCCGUGGUCGGACAAGUUUGGCCGCAAACCGGCAAUGAUCGUGCCCUCUGUUGGCUUUAUUACAACGUACGGCAUGAUCGGCAUACUGUCCCUAUUGGCGCGCCACUAUCUCGUCGAUCCUUGGUGCUACGUGGUGGCGCACAUACCGGCCGCGGUCCUUGGCGGGAACACCGUCCUGAUGGCGGCAAUCUUCAGCUAUCUCACCGACAUUACCACCGAAAGCAACCGAACGGUGCGGAUUGGUAUUUUACAGGCAUGCAUUAUGCUCGGCGCUUUCGUGGGACUACUUUCCAGCAGCUUCAUCCUGGAGCUGACUAAUGUCCCUACGAUGUUUUUCCUGUCGGCCGGUGCAGUGGCGGCGAGCAGUGCUUUCCUGCAUUGCUUAUUGGAAGACAGUAUCAAACCGGACGCCAGCAUGGUGCACCGGCAGGUGCGCGACAUCUUUCGCCUCAGCCACCUGGGUGAUCUGGUGAAGAUGUUCUUCAAGAAACGAUCAUCCUACGAUCGCGGCAUCGUAUGGCUAACGAUCACCAUCGGCGUGGUGACGGUGCUGGGGGCUGGCGGGGGCACGGUCUUCUUCCUCUACACACGUCGCCGGUUUGGCUGGACCAUACAGGACUUUACCAUCUGGCAGGCCGUUGAGUUGCUUUCGGUUGUGGCGGGCAAUGUAAUCGGUAUAUCGGUGCUGAAAACGCUGCUCAAGCUUCCGGAUGUGUGGCUUGCGUUACUCUCCGUGAUUAACUAUGCGCUCGAUGCCCUCAUCAAGGGACUCGCUCGGCAGGGCUGGGAACUGUUCCUCGCCACCGGCGUGACUCCAUUGAAAGCAACGGAAGGUGCGGCCCUAAUGGCCAUCUGCUCCGCCAUCAUCCCAUCGAACGAGAUCGCCAAGUUCUACUCGAUAGCGAUGGCCAUGACGAAUACCGUGUCGUUGGCCUCGGCGCCACUGUUUACGUUCAUCUACAAUAGCACAGUAGAGACAGCGCCGCAGGUGUUCAACUUCGUUGCCUCGGGAAUCUUUUCCGUCAACGUCAUUUUCGUUGGAAUCAUUGCGAUACUGCUGCGCAAACGCACGAAGACUCGAACGGAUCCACUGUGUACGCAAGAUAGUGAAAUCAUAACGUGAGACGCGUGGCUUUCGUUAAGACGUGCCCAUGUGUCGCCAAUGUUCCUAGUCAUCCAAGCAAGGGUUAGAUACGUUGUAUCAGAAGUAAAUUAGACCUGUAAUGGUUGAUUACUUCAGCCUUAUGGCAU